AUGGGAAUAACGAAGAAAGCAUUUAAAUACAUGGAGUGUGAAAAGAGAGAGGAGAAGCAGUUUGAAAGAAUGGAGUGUGAGAAGAUCUUCAGUGACAGUGGAACACUAAGAAAACAUCAAUGGAUUCACAUGGGGGAGAAACCAUUUAAAUGCAUGGAGUGUGGAAAGAGCUUCAGUCAGAGUGGACACCUUAGAGUUCAUCAACGGACUCACACGGGGGAGAAACCAUUUAAAUGCAUGGAGUGUGGAAAGAGCUUCAGUCAGAGUGGACACCUUAGAAUUCAUCAACGGAGUCACACUGGUGAGAAACCCUUUAAAUGCAUGGAGUGUGGAAAGAGCUUCAGUAGAAGUCACAGCCUUAAUUUACAUAAUCAAACUCACACAGGGGGAAAACCAUUUAAAUGCAUGGAUUGUGGAAAGAGCUUCACUGAUAGUGGAACACAUAGAAAACAACAGAUUCACACUGGGGGGAAACCAUUUAAAUGCAUGGAGUGUGGAAAGAGCUUCAGUCAGAGUGGACACCUUAGAGUUCAUCAAAGGACUCACACGGGGGAGAAACCAUUUAAAUGUAUGGAGUGUGGAAAGAGCUUCAAUGACAGUGGAAACAUUAGAAAACAUCAACGGACUCACACUGGGGAAAAACCCUUUAAAUGCAUGGAGUGUGGAAAGAGCUUCAGUAGAAGUGACAGCCUUAAUUUACAUAAUCAAACUCACACAGGGGAAAAACCAUUUAAAUGUAUGGAGUGUGGAAAGAGCUUCACUUCGAGGGCAAUACUUAGAAUUCAUCAACGGACUCACAAAGGGGAGAAACCAUUUAAAUGUAUGGAGUGUGGAAAGAGCUUCAGUCAGAGUGGAAACCUUAGAAUUCACCAAUGGACUCACAUGGGGGAGAAACCAUAUAAAUGCAUGGAGUGUGGAAAGAGCUUCACUUCAAAUGAAAAACUUAUAAUUCAUCAGCGGACUCACACAGGGGAGAAACCAUUUAAAUGUAUGGAGUGUGGAAAGAGGUUCAGUCAGAGUGGGAACCUUAAUUUACAUAAUCAAACUCACACAGGGGAAAAACCAUUUGAAUGUAUGGAGUGUGGAAAGAGCUUCACUAAGAGUGAAAACCUUAGAAUUCAUCAACGGACUCACACAGGGGAGAAACCAUUUAAAUGUAUGGAGUGUGGAAAGAGCUUCAGUCAGAGAGGACACCUUAGAAUUCAUCAACAGACUCACAUGGGGGGAAAACCAUUUAAAUGUAUGGAGUGUGGAAAGAGUUUCACUAAGAGUGGAAACCUUAGAAUUCAUCAACGGACUCACACUGGGGAGAAACCAUUUAAAUGCAUGGAGUGUGGAAAGAGCUUCAGUCAGAGUGGAGACCUUAGAAGUCAUCAACGGACGCACACUGGGGAAAAACCAUUUAAAUGCAUGGAGUGUGGAAAGAGCUUCAGUGAGAGUGGCAGCCUUAAUUUACAUAAUCAAACUCACACAGGGGAAAAACCAUUUAAAUGCAUGGAGUGUGGAAAGAGCUUCCCUUCGAAUGGAACACUUAGAAUUCAUCAACGGACUCACACAGGGGAGAAACCAUUUAAAUGUAUGGAGUGUGGAAAGAGCUUCAGUCAGAGUGGACACCUUAGAAUUCAUCAACGGACUCACACAGGAGAGAAACCAUUUGAAUGCAUGGAGUGUGGAAAGAGCUUCAGUAGAAGUGACAGCCUUAAUUUACAUAAUCAAACUCACACAGGGGAAAAACCAUUUGAAUGCAUGGAGUGUGGAAAGAGCUUCAGUCAGAGGGGAAAUCUUAGAAUUCAUCAACAGACUCACAUGGGGGAAAAACCAUUUAAAUGUAUGGAGUGUGGAAAGAGCUUCACUGAGAGUGGAACACUUAGAAAACAUCAACAAACUCAUACAGAGGAGAAACCAUAUGAUAGAGAAUAGGAAGGGGGGCACCUAAACAAGUUCCCAGUUCAUUACCAAGAAUGAUCCAGAUGCCCUCAUGGGAGCCCCGUCCCACUCAACAACCCCACUUUGGAGUUACACCAACACCAGCACCCUGGAACCCUGCACGAGUACAAGCCCUGUAUAAUAAAGGCUGCCUUUCUUUCCAUUCCCCACUGUCUUUGACACUACGUUGCCAUAUUUCUGAAUGAACGAUACUGUGUACUUGUGUCUCUGAAUGAAGUCUUUAUUUGAAUAGAGAAACGCCUUAACCAAUCAGGUCAAUGCAAUGGCUCUGCAGAGCCCAGCUCAGUUCAGCUCUGCAUGCUUGAGUGAGCGCUGAGAGGUGUUGACAGAAGGACAAUCGUUGACAGCGCAUUGAAACCUUGAUCCAAUUAGAACUCGCCACAAUGUUUCUAGCCCUCCCAGGCUGCGUUAAACUCCAGCGGUUUGUAUUAGGAAAACGGGAGCUGCUUAAUAAAUCAUAUAAAAUCAGUUCCUUGAUGGAUCUUCACCGUUCCACCACCAUUUUGUAGCUCAGGCCUGGAUCUUCUAAGGAUGCUGGGAACAGCCAUAAUCCUUCAAGCGGGAGCCCACGUAACCUGGGUGAUGUCCUUCUGAGUAAUCCAUGGUCCAUCUGACAGGAAUCUCCUGUCGUUCACUUUCCUGUCGUCUCACCCAUGCCAGGGGCUACCUGGACCUCAUUGUUCUCUCCUGUCAGGUGCUCAAGGAUCCACACCCAGUACUUGACCGUACUUGCUUAUCAAUACUUGGUCCAUUAUGUGUCGUUACCUGUCAUUGCCUUAUGCUAAUCAGGUUUACCUGUACAGUGGUGCCUCGCUAGACGAAUUUAAUUAGUUCCACGGGUCUUUUCUUGUAACGAAAAAUUCGUCUAGCGAAGCCCAUAGGAAUGCAUUGAAUUUUUUUUUGACUUUUUUUGCCCAUAGGAACGCAUUAAUUGAAUUUCAAUGCAUUCCUAUGGGAAACCGCGAUUCGCUAGACGAAUUUUUCAUAAAACGAAUUCGUCUAGCAAGGCAACCUCUGCUCGAAAAAUCCUUUCGUUAAGCGAAAAUUUCGUUAAGCAGGGCAUUCGUUAAGCGAGGCACCACUGUAUGUAAAUGUCCCACGUACCUUCCCCUUUCCCUGAUGUUUUGAUGAUGUAUGUAUGACACUUUUGCAAUGCUUUAUAGGAUGUUGGUGGGAAUCUUUAAAAGUCCUUGCAACCCUGUGCUCGGGGGCAUUGAACCUGCUGCGCAGUAAUAAACCUUGCUGUUUGCUCCGGA